AGGCAAAAAAUGGUUCGAGUAAUCAGAUUUAUAUCAAGAUAAAAUGACUUGAAUAAUGGUUUAAGAUAAGAUUUGAUUACUUGAAAUAUAACAAUUUCAAUGAUAGUAAAGAAAUAUACAAAGAUAUUUAUGAAUAUUUCGAAGCUUUUUUCAUUAGAGGAAAAUUUUAUUAGGCUUACAUUUUUCAAAUAUUCAAAGUUCAAGAGCAAUAAACUAAUUACUAAUUACAAAGACUCUUAAAAGUUUUUCUAGACUAGAACGAGUUGAAACAAUCAUUGAGGUUUCUCAUGACGAAUAUAGAUGGCAGAAAUUAUUAAACAUAUGUUGAAAACGAGGAAAGUGUUUUUGUUUUAUUCUGGUGUUAAUUUUAUUGUAAUUUGGUGUUUGAUUCACUAUUAGUUGUUCUUGAACUCCUUGAUUAGAUAACCAACUUGAAGAUGAGUAAAAUUAAACGGUCAUGCAGUUCGGACCUCGAAAAUAAUCCCCCCAAAGACAGUCGUGUGAACCACAUAAAAAAUUUAAGAUGUCGUGAUCUAAUAACUGAUUUAAAUAUCAAUGAAACAAAAUUAAAUCUAGCUUCUGAAAAUCUUCACGUUUCUAGAUUAACCCCGGCGAUGUUCACGGCAAUCCUAAACAGUGGUCAACAUUUAAAGUAUCUACAAUUUGAAAGUGUUUCAGAUGAUUUUUGUGAUGCCUUUCCUUUAGAACCUGAUAAUUAUUUUAAAGACCACAACUUGAUUGUAAAAUUAAUCGAGUUGAAAAUUUUAAUUUGUCCACAUAACAUAAAAGAAUCCGUUUUGUCAAUUUUAUUAGCUCACUGUCCAUCAUUGGAGACUCUUGUGAUUUGUUUUGCUCCUGAAGGCCAUGCUAAUCGUGGAAUCACCGGAAAAUGUUUCCAAUAUUUGGGAAAUAAUAUCAAACAUUUAAUCUUCGGAAAUUUAAACAUUAAUCAAACAACUAUCCACAAUCUUCUUAACUCUAAUGGCCGUUCAGUACAGGAAAUAGAGAUAUUAUUUCCGAUAGUAGACCAAACAUUUGCCAGAGUUUUUGAGCUUACAAAUCUUCGUAAAUUAACAUUCAAGGCUUGUAAGACUGAUUUCAUGCAGAUAAGAAAUUUAUCAAAAUUAACAAAUCUUGAAUCUCUUCAAGUUGAAAGACUGGACUUUUGCAAUGACACCUUGGAAGACUUAUUUACUCCAGUAUUUGAAAACUGUAAUAAACUAAAGGAAUUUAAAGUCUCAGGUGUGUUUAAAUGGUAUUCAAAUGAACUACUGGAAAUCAUUGCCAAGAAUAAUUUAAAGUUAACUCACUUGCAUAUUUAUCCAAAUAUGUUCAAAAAGCGCUUGAAUCCCAUCAACAAAAUAGAGAUUAGUAAAUCUAUUGGUGCUUUAACCUCAAUGGUAAACAUUCAAAGUCUCGCCUUGCCUUAUUCCGAUUUGGAUGAUCAACAUUUGCAAUCAUUGCUAUUAAAUUGUCCAUCUUUGACUACAAUUGAUCUAAGUUAUUGUAAAAAAAUAACUUCAACGGAAUGUAUCAUAUCUGCCGCUGAGAAAAAUCCUGAUCGCAAUUACCAAAUGUAUCUUUUUGAAACCAAGAUUCAAUCAAUACCAGUAUUACCAGGCAAUCUUAAAUUGUGUAUUUGUGAUCUUAGACAAUUUGAUCUUUUACCUUUAAUCAUACAAUCUUUUUACGACUUAAUCUGAAUGGACAAAUUGACAAUGUCUUUUCGACCACCAAUCCUAACAAAUAUCAUUCCUUUUUUAUGUCACUUCAUUUCGAUAUCUUGUAAAUAUUCAGUGAAAUUGUAAAACUUAUUAUUGGUUAUUUUAUUACUAAAUCCAUCGACAAUUUGUGAAUCAAAAUUAAACUAAAUAAAAACUUAAUGAUUUUUUGAUGCAAAAAGCAACUCGUGAUAAUUUGGUUCUGGCAAUUCGCCAAAAACAGUCUAAAGCCUAAAAUAAUCAUCAUUACCAUUCUUCUGUUGCUUUUUCUUGUCAUUUUGCUCAAACAGGGUCAAAUGCAUAUCAAUUUAUUCAGUGUUUAUCCUCUUGAUACUAUAAAUUUUUAAUUUUAAUAGUGCGAAAUUAAGAUCUCUCAAUGUAUAAUAAUCAAGUUAAAUGUCAAAUCUUGUAAUGAUUAAAUUUUCCUGUGAUUGUGCAUCAAUUUCAUUCUGACUUCUUUGUUUAGUUUGUGUUUCUCAUAUUGAGCUUCAUUUUCACACAAAAUGCAUAAUGUUUUACUCAUCGCUUUCAUCUUUGUAAAUGUCAUUCAUCAAACAAUUCCUGGUUUACCAGAAACUAUCAAAAUCGGUGCAAUUAUUAAGCCUGGCGAGGAGGAUUUAGAGUUGGCGUUUAAACACGCUGUAUGGAUCAAUAACAUUGCUCUUCAAGGCUCAAAGAUUGAAGCUCAUAUUGAAAAUGUUGACCUUAGUGAUAGUUUAAGCACAGCUCAUGCAGCCUGCCGUCUAUUAGACUCGGGUGUUUGGGCCAUUGUUUAUCCCUAUUCUGGAGUAAAUGUUUGGAUUAUCAAAUCAAUAACUGAUAGACUUGGGGUUCCUUUGCUUCACACUGCACCAGACUAUCCAUACAUGAUUAAAUCAUUUGUCCAUCAGCCUUACAAGCCCAACUAUACCAUCUCGCUUUAUCCAGAUCUAAAAAAAAUAAACAAAGCCGUCUUUGAUUAUGUUGACUAUAACCGGGAAUGGAGAUCGUUCAGCCUGAUUUUUGACUCACAUGAAAAUUUAAUUAAGAUUAAAGAUUCAUUGGCCAUGUCUACAUAUGAUACAGAUUUACAAAUAAAAAUACGAGAAUUCAAAUUCGCUCGCAGUGAUCCACCCGAAACAUUGUUUAAAAGCAUUAUGAAAAGACGCGACUCCAAUUUCAUUGUCAGCGUUGACAAAGAAAAUUAUCCUACGAUUUUGGAAAAGCUGAGGACCUUUUCCUUGGUCGAUUUUUACUGCAGUUAUCUUUUUUAUGAUUUGGAUUUACAAUUUUGGAAUCUAAGUGCUCCUGAUUUGAUUGCUUUUAACAUUACUGGAUUUAGAAUGUUCAAUCCUUUUGAUGAAAGAAUCAAAAUACGUUAUAAUGCUCAAGAGUGGAAGACUGGUCGAUAUGAAGCAUCAUCAGAAAAUGUUAGACUAACACUUGACUUGGCUUUGGUUUAUGACGCUGUAGCCCUUUUCACUCGAUCUCUUAUUGGUCUGUCUGAACUAACCGAUCAAUUAAACGGUCCUUCAGUCUCUUGCAGUCUCAACGAUACUUGGGUCUUGGGCAAACCUUUACUUAAUCAAAUGAAAAAGGUUGGUGUAACUGGAUUAACUGGUCAUCUAAUCUUUGAUGAUGAAGGUCUACGAGAAAAGAUUGUUUUAUCCAUAAUCCGACUCAAGGAAGGCCAAUGGUCUGAGAUAGGCUCAUGGAACUCGGAUUCAGGAGUCAAUAUAACAUCCGAAGUACAAGCUGAAGAGAAAAGUGCAAUCGACUAUUUGAAAACAACAAAAUUGAAGUUAAUUGUUGUCGAGAAUGUUCCUUAUGUAAUGAAAAAGCCUGAUUACGCCAAUUUGACGGGCGAUGAGUUUGAUAAGUAUGAAGGUUUCUGUAUUGACUUGUUACGUCAAAUCCAAGAGGAACUCGGUAUUUCAGGAUAUGAUUUGACCAUUUAUCCUGGUAAAAGUUAUGGAAGUAAAGAUAAAAAGAACGGAACUUGGUCUGGAUUGAUUGGUGAAAUGUUGGAAAAGAAUCAUGAUCUGGCUACAACCGAUCUUACAAUUACUCAUGAAAGACAAACUGGAGUUGAUUUUACAAUUCCCUUCAUCACUUUGGGCAUCUCUAUUUUAUACAGUAAACCCGCAGCUGCUCCAUUAAAUUUAUGGGCCUUUCUCGACCCUUUCUCGCUCGAGGUUUGGUUGUAUGUAGCAACCGCAUUUAUUGGCGUUAGUCUACUAAUGUACAUAGUUGCUCGCAUCAGUCCUUAUGAAUGGCUCAAUGAUCAUCCAUGUGACGAUGAACCAGAAGAACUGACAACCCAAUUUUCAAUAGGCAACUGUUUAUGGUUCAGUUUGGGGUCUAUUAUGCAGCAAGGUUCUGACUUGGCACCAAAAUCAAUAUCAACUCGAGUCAUGGCAUCAGCUUGGUCAUUUUUCACAUUGAUAAUGGUCUCAUCUUAUACUGCUAAUUUAGCUGCUUUCCUGACUGUCGCUAGAAUGGACGCUCCAAUAGAGAAUGCUGAAGGCCUAGCAAUGCAGUCAAAGGUUGCUUACGGUUGCUCCAAAGCAGGAUCAACAAGAAAAUUUUUCCAAAAUUCGACUUAUACAAUUUACCAGCGAAUGUACGCUUACAUGGAAUCAGCUGAACCUCCUGUUUAUGCGGAAAGUAAUUCUGAUGGUGUCAGGCGAGUUCUCAAAGGAAACUAUGCUUUUCUCAUGGAAUCACUUUCCAUUUUGUACAAUGUCAAUAGAUAUUGUAAUUUAACCCAAGUGGGUGAUUUACUUGACCAAAAAGGAUAUGGAAUUGCCAUGAGGCCAGGAUCACCGUUUCGGACAAUAUUUUCAAAUGAGAUUCUUAGGCUUCAAGAACAGGGUCGCAUUGAUGCGCUCAGAAAGACUUGGUUUGAAGACUAUCCAACCGAGAUCAGAGCUCUUGAAAAUCCAGAGGAAGCCGCCUGUCCACCAGAGAUUCUUGAUGAAGAAACAAGUGCUUUGGACGUUGCCAAUGUUGGUGGUGUUUUCAUUGUCCUUCUUUGUGGCAUAGCCAUUGGUACGAUGUUUGUAAUCAUUGAGUUUGUUUGGAAGGCCAAGAAGGUCUCUCGUCAUGAAAGAGAACAUACGAUCCGAAUGAUGACUAGAACACUUUGCGACAUUUGUAGAGGAAGAAAUACUUCGGCUCACAAUUGGCGUAAAAAAUCAACUUCAGAUGGAACCCAAAGUAUAAGCACGGAAACGGCAUCGCGUAAUAAUCGUGUCAACGGAGUCAGUAGACAGCAAUCAAGGGUUAUGUUGGAUCCCAAUGCUAGACAAAUUGAUGAUCUUUAAUUGUUAACCAUAUCAAUAACAGCAGUCAUUGAUAAGGAAAUAGAGUGACUAGGAAAAUAUCAAUGAAAAGAAGCUCUUCUAAAGAUGUUCAACAUCAUCUCAACUGUCAAUUGCUACUCAAGUUUUUAAUUAUUUUGUAGUAAAAUGGUUGUUUCAUGUUUCUAUCAGCAUAUUGGUGUUCCUGGUCAAUCCUCAUCAAAGUAUUUGUUAUGUUGACAAAUGUAAUACUUGACCUCUUUACAACUCAUCAUGAAUCCAAUUUCACUUUCAACCAACACUUUUUCACCCACCUUCUCAUCUUCCUUUUUCUUCUUCCUCCUUUUUACAUGUUCAUUUGCAUGCCUUGUAGGUUAAAUUAUUUGAUAGUCAACAUUUUCAAUUGUAUCGACAUUUAUUGAAAAUUAUCCCAUGUAAGCUUGUGCUGCAGCCAUGAAAAUGAAACUCUGCGUGACUCAACAGCUUCCAACUGACAAAUCUUGAAAUAAAUGGAUUCAUCAUCCAACCAUCUUGGGUUAAAUGAAAA